AUGGGAUUCUCCAAAACGCAACUAGUCAAAGUCAAAGAAAUCAUUCGGGGCAAAUUUGACAAUUCAAACGAUGGCUUUUUUUCUCGGAAUUGGGUACUGUCCGUUUUCAUGACUCCAAACUCUAUGUUGGUCUUUCAAACUCUUAGGGCCCUGCUAUUGGCACCCCAAGGAUUGCAAAACCAUUCAUUACGCUGGAAGAUAUGCAUGAUUGGUGUCAUGUAG